AUGGGAAUUUUGGGAAGUAAUGCAAGAGAUUUAUGUAGCAGCCCAUCUAUUGUUUUUGAGCUUGAAAGGUGUGAAAAGCAAGAUUUGCUAAACAAAUUCCAAAUGGACUUCAAUCAGUUUUCAUAUGAAAAUCCAGAUAUGAGAGAAGAUCAAGCUACAAUAGCUGAUUUCCAUCAAAGAACUGAAGAUUUAUGCAAUAAAAUUUUUAUAAUGUUUUAUUAUAAAACCGAUAUUAUUUUUUAA